UUCGUUCAUUCAUUUGAGAAAUUUGAUUGCGUUGGACGUGUGUUUACGCUUAUUGGUGUUCGAAUUGGAAAGUUUAAGUUCUGUGCAUUUUCGGAAAGAAUUGCAUUCAUUUAAUUAUUAGGUAUACACGGAAAUAAACCGCCACAAUGGGAAUAAAAUUCCUCGAAGUUAUUAAGCCAUUCUGCAGCAUACUCCCGGAAAUCGCCAAGCCGGAACGAAAGAUUCAAUUCAGGGAGAAGGUGCUAUGGACUGCUAUAACACUAUUCAUCUUCUUGGUUUGUUGCCAAAUCCCGCUUUUCGGCAUUAUGAGCUCAGACUCAGCUGAUCCAUUCUACUGGAUUCGUGUGAUCUUGGCUUCUAACCGUGGUACUCUUAUGGAACUUGGUAUUUCACCAAUUGUGACGUCUGGUUUGAUUAUGCAGCUGCUGGCGGGUGCCAAAAUCAUUGAGGUCGGUGAUACGCCCAAAGAUCGUGCAUUGUUCAACGGUGCGCAAAAAUUGUUCGGCAUGGUUAUUACAAUUGGCCAAGCUAUUGUGUACGUCAUGACUGGCAUGUACGGAGAUCCUUCAGAAAUUGGCGCUGGUGUUUGUUUGUUGAUUAUCAUUCAACUCUUUGCUGCCGGUUUGAUUGUGCUGUUGCUUGAUGAAUUGCUGCAGAAAGGAUACGGUUUGGGAUCUGGUAUUUCACUUUUCAUUGCUACCAAUAUUUGCGAGACCAUUGUGUGGAAGGCAUUCUCACCAACCACAGUCACAACAGGACGUGGCACUGAAUUUGAAGGCGCCGUGAUUGCUUUAUUCCAUUUGAUGGCCACACGCAAUGACAAAGUGCGUGCGUUGCGCGAAGCUUUCUAUCGUCAGAAUUUGCCAAAUUUGAUGAAUUUAUUGGCCACGAUCUUGGUGUUCGCCGUUGUCAUAUACUUCCAAGGCUUCCGCGUGGAUUUGCCCGUGAAAUCGGCACGUUACCGUGGACAAUAUAGCAGUUACCCCAUUAAGCUUUUCUACACCUCCAACAUUCCAAUCAUUCUACAAUCAGCCUUAGUUUCUAACUUAUAUGUCAUCUCUCAAAUGUUGGCUGUCAAAUUCCAAGGCAAUGUCUUCAUCAAUUUACUCGGCGUAUGGGCUGAUGUUGGUGGUGGCGGCCCAGCUCGUUCCUACCCAAUUGGCGGUCUGUGCUACUACCUAUCGCCACCAGAGAGUGUAGGACAUAUCUUAACCGAUCCUAUCCACGCUAUUUUAUACAUUGUCUUCAUGUUGGGAUCUUGUGCCUUCUUCUCGAAAACAUGGAUCGAUGUGUCUGGUAGCUCAGCCAAGGAUGUUGCCAAACAAUUGAAGGAACAACACAUGGUAAUGCGUGGCCAUCGUGAAAACUCUAUGAUCCACGAAUUGAACCGUUACAUCCCAACAGCGGCCGCGUUUGGUGGUCUCUGCAUUGGUGCGCUGUCUGUUAUGGCUGACUUUUUGGGUGCCAUUGGCUCAGGCACCGGUAUUCUGCUGGCUGUAACCAUCAUCUAUCAAUACUUCGAAAUCUUCGUUAAGGAGCAAUCUGAAAUGGGUGGCAUGGGCACUUUACUGUUUUAAGUUGUUGGUGCUUUGUACAUUAAUUAAACGAUGUUAUUUAUGAGAUAUAUAACUCACUCGAAGUAAGCAUUUGCUUUGAGCCCAACGAC